GCUUGAUGUCUAUUCUGGGUGACCUGGACGGGUGAGACGGAAGACCUCAGUGUCGUGGUCGCGCGCGGGUGGUGAAAGAGUAGACAGCUGCAGCGGGUUUCUGUUAAGGAGAGAAGCACCGGCAGAGGAGUGGCGGGCGGUCAAGUCUAGAGUAGACAACUGUGCCGAUGAGCAGAAAAUUACCAAAGAAAUGGAUGACUUUCUACAAAUCUUGAGGCAGAAGGUCAAAAUUGGAGUCGUAGGUGGCUCGGACUUUGAGAAGGUGCAGGAGCAGCUGGGAAAUGAUGUGGUCCAAAAAUUUGAUUAUGUGUUUCCAGAAAAUGGCUUGGUAGCAUACAAAGAUGGGAAACUCUUGUGUAAACAGAAUAUUCAAGGUCACCUGGGUGAGGCCUUAAUCCAAGAUUUAAUCAACUACUGUCUGAGCUACAUUGCGAAAAUUAAGCUCCCGAAGAAGAGGGGGACUUUCAUUGAAUUCCGAAAUGGGAUGCUAAACGUGUCUCCUAUUGGAAGAAGCUGCAGCCAAGACGAGCGUGUUGAGUUCUACGAACUGGAUAAAAAAGAAAAUAUACGACAGAAAUUUGUGGCGGACCUGCGGAAAGAGUUUGCAGGGAAAGGCCUCACGUUUUCCAUAGGAGGUCAGAUCAGCUUUGACGUCUUUCCCGAUGGAUGGGACAAGAGGUAUUGCCUGGGCCACGUGGAGAACGACGGCUAUCAGACCAUUUAUUUCUUUGGAGACAAAACCAUGCCACGGUGUCCUGGAAAUGGGACCGAACGGUCCAGCCAUCCAAGCCUUUCAACAGCAUAUCAGCUCCUGACACUUCAGGCACAGAACAGUCGAAUACCAGGCCGUCAGCCUCUUUUCAUAUUUGGGGAUAGACAUGUUGAAAGCUGUUUUCCCUCAUUGUAUUGAGGCAGAUGUUUUCGCCGGCUCCCAGGGAAACGGCACCUCAGCUAAGAGCUGUCACUAAAAAGCCGUUCCCCUGCAGGCUCAGAAGCCUGCCUAACCACCUCCCCUCUCCCGGCCACACAGCCUCCGUCUGAUGGGAUCUGAUGUCACACAAAGGGUAUAAGAUGUCGGCCCGCUUUCUAAAUACUUGUCCGUCCUGGAAACCCCUCACCCUUCUCAUCAGCCACAACAACGAGGGUCUGUUAAAACCCAGCCCUGAGUUCAGCUCGAAGUGGGCGGAGGGGACCUUGGUUUGCUGCGGGGAAGACGAGGACCAGGGCACGGAAGGACACUCCCCAGGCUGCUCCACGGGGCUCUCCAGGGGCUGCACCAGCCGCAUCACCUGCAGGCUUUCUGAAUGCUCAGGCAAGAGCUUCUGCUGGUCUGCCACUUGUUGUGAAAACGUCUCGGCUCUAAGGCAUUUGCAGCAUGAAAACAUUCUAACAUUUCGCGAACAUGAAAUUGACUCUGACUCAGCAGUUCCACCCUGAGUUGGACCAGGUUAGAGGUUCUGCACCCGGCUGAGGAGGCCCUGCUGGGUCCCCUGUGGGAGGACAAGAGGCUGGAUGCACAUGGGACCACGGGCUGCUGGGAUUCACUGGGGUCCCUGCUGGCCUGCCUGCCCUCCGGACACCAGAACCCAUGGCCUCAUGGGUCCUGAGAACAGCACAGUGGCUGAGUGGACGAGCCCCGAGGAAGGAGCCGCCUCUGCCGCAGCUCUUGUGUUCAGGGAGGCACAGGCCUCGGGCCCCCUGGCAUGAGUCUUCUGGUUUGGUCACUUGGUCCACAGAAUCAGCAUCUCCUGGGUGCGCUCCUGCGCCAAGGCACCUCGCACAGCUCUAAGCCCCGUUUAUACACGAGGGGGUUGUGCCAGCGCUCCCGGCAGGCCCUGAGGCUCACCCCAGGGACAGCAGCCUGAGAGCCAGCUCGCUUUCCAUCACGCCUCGGGCUAGUUCAUCACCAGGUCCUAAGCCUCCGGUUCUCAGCCCUGAAGUGCAUUAGAAUCGCGUGGCGCUCUCAAACCCCCAUGAGCCUCGGGCCUUUCAUCUCUCUAAAGCAUAAAUGUUUACUGCUUUUUAGGAAAGUUUAGUACAGUUAUCUAAGGGCAUACAUUUUCAAAUCUAUACGUUGUUUGUGACUGCUGUCAUCCCCAGCUAACUGUCACACAUGGAGAAGCCACAUGCUGCCACCACGCCCAUGCCCUCAAAUCCACUCUUACCUCCUCGUGCCCUCGGGACCGACACCGCCGUGGCCCAGGGGACACUGGGCACCUUGCAGCACUUGCAGGCAUCGCUCAGGAGCUCUGAAGACAUCCUGGGCCGCUGGACCCAAUAUCUGUUAUUCUUUCCCCAGCUUUAACUGAGGCCUUUGUAAAGCUUCCGCAGCAACUCACCUGCAGCCAGGGGAGAACCGCUGCUCUGGGCUCAGGGCAGAGCCCUCAGCUUUGUACCCAGCAUACCUAGACGUUUGAUAAAUGCUUAUUAAACCGACCAGAUCAAAGUCCACAGGCAGCAAUGAGUCUGAGCUCCAAGCUACAGAGAACCUGCCUGUGCCUUGGGCCAGUGUUCACGCAGCAAAGACCUCCUGGAAGUCGGCAGGCUCGCGAGCAGGGCACACAGGACAGGGGCACGCGUAACACCAUGCCCUUUGUUGUCAACAUCAGGAUAGUCAGGGUUCACUACUGUGACAGUGUGCAGAGCUGGGGUGGGGUAUGCUCCUCACCGCUCCCCCCUCCCAACCCCCCCACACACUGUCUGAACGUAGCAGACAGCCUUGUGUUUCAUCCCGGCCUCGGCCUGGGAGGGAUUUAAAUAUUCAUGGGCCGUUUGCACUGAGCCUGUCCUCUGGGCCCAUCACCUACACUCCGACAGAAUACGGAAUAUGAUACGGUCGGUCACUCCCUCGAUCCUCUCUUGGGAACUGGCUUUUGUUUUGGAUCUUGGAAGAGGCUGAGCUUCCUUGCUGGAGUCAGAUAACCUUUGCUGCACAUGCAGAUCCGGUGUUUGAAGUUUCUGGUUGUCUGAGGCCUCAUUAUUCUAGAGGCUGCGCUCUCACUAGCUCAGUGUUUCGGCUCUGGGUCUGCUGCUCCUGACCUCGCUUGCUCCCACUCUGUGGUUUGCAAGCUCUGCAGCCUCAGGAAGAAGCACACGCCCCACCCCGUGCCUCCAGUCCCGAGGGAGGCAGCCGGGUGUCCUGGCGGGAGGGAAAGGAUGGUCGAGGUUGGUGGGGCAUGCACUGCAGACACUCCUGCCAGCUUCGCUGCCCUCUGAAAGCAAGCAAAGCUGAGAGGGGACCCGCAGCCCAGCCCAGCUGGGGGAGGUUUUGAGCCUCUGGACUGGCUCCCUUAAGUGCCGGUGAGUUACACAGCCGCUCCCACCCCACCCCAGCAGGACCAUGGGAGACUCAUGCCAAAUUAGGCACCUGCCAGGUACACAUGUCCCUGCGUGUGACGUCCUGGCAGCUGCCAACCCUUUUUGCUUGAGGUCGCUCUCCCUAGCUAGUGACUUCUGUCCUCACGUUGCACCCUGGCCGCCUGCAGGACCCUCUUAACUGCCCUACUUCCGUCUUUUCGUCCCUCAUAUCCCAUCCAGUCUCCAGAAAUAUCCUGCUGUAGGUGACUCCUGGUGCGGUUUUCUGGUGGCUUCACAGAAAGUCCAAGGUCCUUAACCGUGACCUGCGAGGCUCUCGGGCCUGGCUCCUGCCUGCCCUUCCAGGCUUACCCAGCAGGUUCUUGAGAGCUGAGCUGCCGUCCCCAGAGGAGCCAGCCAUGUGGCCUGUCCCCUCACUUCCUUCAGGUCGCUGCUCAAAGGCUCCACCCUUGUCACUCUGGAGUCCCUUCCCCUCUGUCCUUUGCGGCCCUUUCCCGCUGACAGCUGGAAGGCAGCCCUUUGUCACUGGUGGUUCUGUUGGCCAGCACUCUUAUCUAGUGGCUGAAAACAUGCCAGGCAGGGAGCAGUUGCGCCACCUGGGUUUGUUGGUUUACUAGGUGGGGACCAGCUCUUGCCUCCCAAGUCAGCGAGAGACAGGAAGUGAAUGUGUCCAGACGUUUGCUGUUUCUGUACAGUGCAGGAGUUUGGUUUUCCUUUGAACAUAGUUUCCUUUGAACAUGCCAUUCCGAAGAGAGAGCGGGCUUUUUUUCUUUUUUUUUUAAUCACGAGAAGGACUAGAACUGUUUUCACAUUUACUUGCUUAUUAGGUGCUGCCCAUGAAACUCAGGGCCCCCUGAGUGACCAGACGCUCAGCAGGCCCCUGAGUCGGCACUGGGAAGGACAUUCCUAAGCACACCUCCAAGGUCCUCCCACCAUGACUCCUCCACGCAGGGCACUUUGGGCCCCAGCGGCGGUGCCUCCUGAAAUCUUGAACUGCACUUCUACUUGGGGAAGCCGUCUGCUUGGGGAUGGGGUAUUCUUAAAAAAUGAGAGCAGUAGUAAGUUCAGGUGUCAGGCAGCCCUUUAAAAGGAUGUCAGCCUUUCCUACAGAAGCAUUAUGAGGAAAAAACAUUUUCUCAGCAGUUCUUUUCAUGGUAUGAUAAACACUGAUUUUUUUCAAGAUGUUGAGUUAGACUGCUUACCCAGUUUUACGAGGAACAUACAGGAAAUUCCAUAAGAAGACAAGCGGGGCUUUCCUGCAGCACCGGGCAGGAAGCCCAAUUCACCUGAGACCAGGCGGGACUGGGGACCCACGGUCACAGGACCCCCGCCACCCCCCCCUCCCUGGCCACAUGCCCAGCUCCUCCCAGAUAUGUGCCCUUGCAAAAGCAUCCUUCCCUCAACUCCUGGAAGCGCACCAGGUGAAAUAAGGUGUGAAAACACCCAGAAAGCCACAUUAGGUGCCGCUGCUGUACUGACACUGAUUGCUUUCCAGGGGCCUUACCCAGAUCCCAUGCUAUCACCCACUAAUCCUGAUUUUACAGGUGGGGAGUUGCCCGCAGCCCACCCCUAGUCGGGUAGAACCAGGAUCUCAACCCGGGCUACCUGGCCCAGACACCAGCCACAUGGGCUGUUUCAAUUUAAAUGAAUCAAAAUCAAAUGUGGUUCCUCUGUCCACUAGCCACACAGCAAAUGCGCCAUAGUCACGUGGCCAAUGGCUUCUGCCCACUCGGAGAUGAAUGGGUCCACCAUCAGAGAGCGUUCCGAGGGACUUGUUAGAAAAGUCUGGGCACGGUUAAAAGAAACGGAUGGCGGUGAGAAUUCUGUCACCUGUCAUGCUUGCUUGCUUUAUAGAAAAAAAUAAGCCUCACAGAUCUUCAGAGCAUUGUGCGUUCUUUCAUUGGCAUAAUUACAUGUUGGCAGCUAAAUUGCCAUUCAGGAGAAGGUGAUAAACCCUCUCUGUGCUGUCGCUUAGUUUCCAGAGGAAGAGGUAACUGAAGGAGCCCCCUCCCCCCGCCCAGUAAAACGGAAGGCCUCUCAUUUCUCCGGCAGCCCCCAGGGUUACAGCAGCAACGGCUGCAUCUGCUU